AACAAAACCCCUGGAAGAGCCAGUUGUGGUGGCGGAGGAGCAGAAGAUGUGCGGAAUCGCCCUGAUCAUCUCUGGCGUUCGAAUCUGCUUAUCUUCCACCUUUCUCCAUUCUUCAUCUCCGGCUCCUAAUCCCGAGUCAUUAAUCAGUUCAAAUUUUGCGUUUUCCGUCGACCAUCUCGAAGCAGUUCUCCGGCGACGAGGUCCUGAUAGUUUGGGAUGCAAGCAGGUCAUAAUUUAUACUAAGGAGCAACAACUGUUCUCUGUAAUUGAAGAAGACAGCGUUUCGAGGCAGCUAGAUUGUGCGAAUGGAGAAACUUGCUUGCUUUUUAUUGGCGCCACUUUGCAACUCAGAGGAGUAACUCCUAUAACUCAGCCAUUCGUUGAUUCCUAUGGGAAUAUUCUUAUUUAUAAUGGUGAAAUCUUUGGAGGAAUUUAUGUUGAGAGUGAUAGUAAUGAUGGUGAAAUUCUUAUGCGAACUCUUGGGAAGUGUUGCUCUUGUAGUUCUGAUGAACAUACAAGUGCUUGCUCUAGUGGUGGAAAAGAGGAAAGUUCUGUUCUCGAUGUUCUUUCAACAAUCAAGGGGCCAUGGGCUAUUAUUUAUUGGCAGGAUAGUUCAAAAACCUUGUGGUUUGGUAGGGAUGCAUUUGGUAGGCGGAGUCUUCUUGUUCAUUGGCCAACCGUGAAGGAUCCUCAGUUUAUGCUAUCUUCUGUCUCACCAUUUUCUGCUGUUGAUCAGAGUUCUGGUGCUGAUCUUGGAGUCGAAGAUUGUACUGAGCCUAAUUUUUGGGAGGAGCUUUCAUGUGGGAUAUACAGUUUAUCUAUGGCUGCUUCGAAACUACAUGGAUGUACUUUUGGGGAAGUUAAAAGACAUGAAUGGGCUAAUACUGCUCUAAUAAACCUGAUUAAAUGGGAAAGAGUUUCAGUUGAACCAAAACCAGAAGAAUUGUCUUUUUCAUGUGGACUUGAUCAAACAUCCUUCUCAUUGCCUGCUCGGAAUGUGUUAAGUGCUUUAAAGAAAUCUGUGAUGCUGCGCACAUCACUCCAUACAAUUUUUAAGGCAGGAACAUCUGAUGGUGGACAAGAGGAACUUGUUCCAGUGGCAGUCCUAUUUUCUGGCGGAUUGGACUCUAUGAUACUUGCAGCAUUGUUGGAUCAGUGCCUAGAUCCCAGCUAUGGAAUUGAUUUACUUAAUGUUAGCUUUGAUGGUCAAUUUGCUCCUGACAGAAUCUCUGCUAAGGCAGGAGUAGAGGAGCUUAGCAGAAUUGCACCAUUGAGAAGGUGGAAGCUUGUAGAGAUCGAUGCUGAUUUGUCUAAGUUGAAGUUGGAAAUGAAGCAUGUUAUGGCUCUCAUUAACCCUGCAAAUACCUAUAUGGACUUGAAUAUAGGAAUUGCUUUAUGGCUGGCUGCAAGUGGUGAUGGUUGGGUAUAUAAAGGAAUGAACAAUAAUGCUGAUGAGAAUCAACAACGAUUAAGGUACAAGUCCAAGGCCAGGAUUGUCUUGGUUGGCUCUGGUGCUGAUGAACAGUGUGCUGGUUAUGGAAGGCACAGAACUAAAUACAGAUGUGGAAGUUGGCUUGGGCUUCAUGAAGAAAUGAAGUUGGACAUGCAAAGAAUAUGGAAACGAAACAUGGGGAGAGAUGAUAGAUGCAUCGCUGAUAAUGGGAAGGAGGCUAGAUUUCCUUUCUUGGAUGAAGAUGUUAUUAGAACUCUCCUUGAUAUUCCCUUGUGGAAGGUUGCCAACCUCAAUCAACCUAGUGGAACAGGUGAUAAGAAGAUCCUAAGAGAGGUUGCAUGGAUGCUUGGGUUACACGAGGCAGCAAUUCUUCCUAAAAGAGCAAUACAGUUUGGCUCCAGAAUUGCAAGGGAAUCCAAUAGAAAAAAUUUUGGAAGUAAUCGCGCAGCAAACCAGGCAUCUGCCGGAAGUGUAGUAAUAAAUAUGGUGUAGCGACGUACUAUCGGCACUUGGUACUGCAAAUGUACCUUUACAUGUGUAUUUGAUACUACAAAAUGUGGCCAACAUUUUUCUGGACUUGGAUGUUUUGGGUCUAGCUCUAAGGAUGGAUUGUGAGUCAGCAAUAGUUGUGCUUCGAUGGCAUUGUAAUGCACAGAGAAGAUAUGCCAAUUGCGCUGUAUAUUUUUGAAUCAGGUUUUGAGAAGAAUGUGGCUCAUCAGACUUUUGGCAAGAUUGAAUCUAGUAUCAAUCAUGCCAGAGAUUUUUUAUCUGGCUAAUCUAGUUUUAAGAAGAUUUAGAUUUCAACAUUCAAGGAUUAAAGAAUCUUAUUUUGAUGUUAGCUCUGAAUGUGGAGAAAUUUUUAGAUAGAUUCAGUUUACUACGUUAGAUAUAAACUCACCUAAUAAAAUAAAUCACAUCAGCAUUUUGCCUUUUCAAAAGCUUAUUCCUUAUCAAUUCUUCCUUAUCAAUUCUUCCACGUUCUCAUUUGGUUAGAGAUAAGAAUUUGAUUGAUGUGAAGGUUAUUGAUGUGUACGGAAAAAAAAGAUCAAAAUGGUGAUGUGAAUGUAUUUCGUUGGAUAAGCUUAUAGUUGACGUGAUAAA